CGACAGAGAAACGAGUCCCCGGAAUAGAGAACCACACUUACUGGACCCGAAACUCAGCGGAUGCUCAAGGUUUAGGUUCCCAGCAGAGCCAGGAACUAGUCGUUCCCUCGGAUACCACAGCAACAGGGCAGCAGUAUGUCCGAGACUAAAUCCGGCCAGCGUUUCCACAGCCUGAAUGCCGAGCAGGUGGAGGUACUCCAUCAGGUUUUGUCUGAGGUUGUUCCAAUUCAUGGUCGUGGGAACUUUCCAACGCUGGAGCUGCGUCCUCGAGACAUAAUCAUAGCCGUGCGGGCCAGGCUUCAGAAGCAGGGAAUCGCAGUACGAGACGUUCGUCUGAAUGGCUCCACAGCUAGCCAUGUGCUUGUGAGAGACAGUGGGACAAGCUACAAGGACCUGGACGUUAUCUUUGGAGUUGAGUUGCCCAGUCAGGAGGAAUUCCAGGUGAUAAAAGAGUCUGUGCUGGGCUGCUUGCUGGACUGCCUACCUGCUGGGGUCAACAGGGAGCGAAUCAGCAGUGCCACACUGAAGGAGGCAUACGUCCAGAAAAUGGUCAAGGUCUUCAAUGAGCACGAUCGCUGGAGUCUCAUCUCACUCUCAAACAACAGCGGUAAAAACCUGGAGCUCAAAUUUGUAAGUGUGCUGAGGCGGCAGUUUGAGUUCAGCGUUGAUUCCUUCCAGAUCAUUCUGGAUCCCCUCUUGGAGUCCUACAUGCAGCAGGAGUCGCUGCACAAACAUAAUACUGCUGAUAAUAAAGACCAGCCUGCAGACCAGCACAAAGAGAAUCAAAAUACAGACUCUUCUCUUCUCAAUUCUGCAGACACAGCUAACGCUGCUGGUAGAGACUUUCCCAGCAUGGAGGGGACUCCCAUCAGUCAGACACUUCAGAGUGAUGAGGUGCUUAAAAAGGAGCCCCAGUUAGAUCUCUCACAACAAACUGAACUUUCAAACUUGACAAAAAAAAACAGAAUUGAAAAUGACGACAAAGUGAAACAACCGUCAGAGCUUAAAGGAACAUCACAAGACAGCAAAAAUGUCAAUUUUUCUGACCAGACAGAAAAGAAACAAACCUCUGAGAUAUCUCAACCACCAACUCAGACUGAACUCAGAAACAAGCCAGAGUUGUUGGAAAAGACAAAAUGCUCUACAAAAGUAGAAAACUCUGAGCAAACCCAGUCCUGUAAUGGCCAACAAAAGUCACAUUUAAAUCAUAAAGAACUUUCUGUCCUGAUACAACAAUCCAACCAGACGAAAUCCCCUGAUGAACAGAAAGAGCCCACAGAGCACAUGGAACAGGCUGAGCCUCAAAAAACCUCAAACAAAACCCAGACAGGGUCUUCAAACUUUGCGGACUUGUGUUCAACUGAGGAUCAGAACAGUGACGACAAAGAUAAAAUACAUGCUUCUAGCCUGGACUCCAGCGCAUCUUUGCAUGCCGAGGUAGAGACUCAAUUAGUAGAUGAGAGAAAAAAUGAAACAGAUACAUGGAAGCAAAAAGACAGGGAAAAUGAUCCAGAAAAAGGUGAACCAGCAGAGGUUACAGAGACUGCGGAAGACACACAGGGUAUUGAUUGCCCUUGCUCCAUCUCUUCCAUGUCUCUUACACUUCACAACACACAGCUUACUAGCACACAGGAAACACAAGAGAUUUACAGCACACUACCCACAAGUAACUCAGAUAAAACACCGAUAACACCUGUUUCUCUCAGCCCUCCAAAUACUCAGGAUAUCUUACCUGCACCACCAAGCCUUGUUUCCGACAAAAAGACCUCCUCUCCUUCUUGUAAGGCCUCAGAUCGUCUGUCUCACAUGGUAGUACUCAAACACUCCUCACCCAAACCUCCUCGAAGAAUGUGUAGGAAAGUUACCCCCAAUCAGUUCCCAAGUCUGUUCUCUGACAGUGAGCCUGUUCCAGAUCCCUGUCUACACCCUGAACCUGAGAUAGCCUUUAGCCCUAAGCCAACAACUACCACUCCAGACCCCACCGUUAUCCCAGUAACCAGUAUAUGUGAUGAAACAAAUCUAGAUCCCAAGCUGUCCUGUAACCUACCUUUAAAUCUUGACCCAGACUCCACUCCCGAUCCUGUUGGGGACCCUAUGUCUAUUUUACCUCAUGAGCUACCAGUCUCUCCAUUUAUGGCAGAGAGUAUUCAGGGCUUUGAAGAGACACAGUCUACAUAUAUGGUUUCUAACGAUCAAUCCCAGCCCUCCCCUAGAGAAACUGUCUCUCCACCCAAACAAUCUGAGUCCCCUGACUCAUUAAUUUCUCACACUGAUGUGUCCGACACUAAAGAACCCGUGCAUACCUCAGAAGUUGAGCUCAGUGAUGAAGAUGAAAACCGAGAACUGCAAACCAAAAAGCUGGACUUGAAUCAGGGAGAUGGCAACCUUCAAGAGACCAUGCUUGAUUCACCCUCUUCUUCUUUCUGUGUCAGCCCUCCUGUUACCUGCCUCAGCCCUCCAGCGCUCAGUCUUUCCCCACCCUGCUUCACUCCCUCACCCCCCAGCCUCAGCCCACCCCAAUGCCUCACCCCUCCCUCUCCCUGCCACUCAUCUCAAAUGAUAAGCACUGUCAGCCCUGCGACUAGUUUUAGCUCUCCGCCCUUAAGUGUCAGCCCUACCUCAUCCUGCUCACCUCCUUACCUGACCCCACCUCUGCUUAGCCUCAGCCCCCCUCCACUCUGUCCAAGCCCACCUUCCCCCUGCCUUAGCCCUCCCCUCCUCUGCCUCACUCCGCCAGUGGAGUCAGAGGACUUUGUACCUCAGGUAUCUUCAGACAUGGAGCCUUUGAUGCUAAACACAGACAGUGAUGAACUCAUUAAAGAGACCUCCCCUCGACCGGGAAUCCCUCUCCUACAGUUAGAGGAUAACAAGGAUCAAGAUUACAUCUCGUCUUUGCCUCUGGUUGCAGAGCCUGUCUCUUUUCCUAUCACAAUCCCAAGCUCAACCACACAUGUGGUGCCUCACACUCAGCCUGGAAGCCCAGAGGAAUCCCCCCCCCCACUAGCCAGCGAGGUACCCAGCUCCAUGCUUGAGAAUGAAAGAGUUCCUAAGGCGCCCACUGACGCGCCAGAACAGAGCAACAACCCUCAGGCAUCAGGCUCAGUGCCUGCUGUGGAGGUCUUGGCAGAGAGCAUGUAUGGUGACUUUGAGGCAGCCAUGGACCACCUGCGCUACCGCCUAAUUGCUACCAGGAACCCUGAGGAAAUUCGUGGCGGCGGCUUGUUAAAAUACAGCAACCUGUUGGUCAGGGACUACCGCCCUGCCAGUGAGACUCAGAUAAAGACACUGGAACGAUACAUGUGCUCCCGCUUUUUCAUCGAUUUCCCCGAUGUGCAGGAGCAGCAGAGGAAGAUCCUCUCCUACUUGAAGAAUCACUUUAUCGGAGAAGAGAGAAGCAAGUACCAGUACUUGAUGACACUGCGUCGCGUGGUUGACGACAGCACUGUGUGUCUGAUGGGACAUGAGAGGCGUCAGACACUGAACAUGAUCACAGUGCUGGCACUCAAAGUUCUAGGAGAACAGAACAUUAUCCCUAACACAGACCAUGUGACAUGCUUUUACCAGCCUGCCCCGUACAUUGCAGAGCACAGUGCUCCCUAUUUAGUAGAACCCAGCUAUUGCAGCUAUUACAUACCCCAAGGGGGAUCGACUCUGCUUUAUCAACCUUACCCAUUACAUCUGCAUACUCAGACUGGACUAGUCUGAAUAAAACACGUUUAAUCAAGUGAUCUCAGUGUAGUCAGGGUACUUACCAUGAAGUAAGAGCUGGAGAAUGGAAAUAUAAUAAGUGUUUGGUCUAUAAUAGACCUAUGGGUGUAAGAAUGAUUUUAUAGUAAACUACCUGAGUACUCCAUAAGGUUCUAACAUGAUUACAUGUAAUUAUCUGGGCUUUUGGAAAGUAAUAAUUCUUCCGAUAUUGUUUAAAUUCCAAAAAAUGCUGUAUGCGCUGCAUGAGUCAUUGCCCUUUGGUCUCUUUUUGAAACCAGCUGAGCUGUUGGCAUUCACACACAUGCACAGGCAUAUUCACAAAUACACACAGACACAUACACACUCACAUCUCCAGGCUCCUGAAUUCUUGUAUACUCCUUCAUGUUCUUAUUGUGUUGUUCCUAAAGGGUUUGUUCAGAACGUGGACCUUGCCUGUGGUUAAUGUCGUGCAUGGAUAAAUUAGGACUGUUCUCUCACUGCCAAAUACUGUGUGACUACUAUGCUUCAUAAAGAGUUUAAUGUUACUUUGUUAUCCUUUACUAAAUGGGUGUAUUCUGGAAAAAAUGGGAGGGACAAGUCUACCAGAGUGUACAGUACUUUCAUCAGAACACACUCAUGCAUGCACAACAAAUCACACAAAUACACACCCAAGCAAGCAGUAUACUGUAUGCACACAUGGUAAGACAAUGCAUGAGUAGCUUAAUGUAUAGAUAAAACAUUGAAGUCAAAGCAAAGGCUUUUAAUUUAAUAAAAAUUGAUCUAUUUUUGCAAGAAUUUCCAAGACAAAACUCAAUAGAAUCACUGGUAAGUCCCUACAGAAAGAAGCCAACAACAAUGCCUUUGCAAUAGACUGUACAGCGUAUUUAUUACAUUAUAUCUUGUGCGGUUGAACUGCAUUGUUUCAGGUAAAUUGUGUUCAGAUGUAGUGCUUGAUUCCUUUCCUUUGUGGAGUCUUUUCUGUAAUCAUGUGAAGUACUGUACCAUCUAGUGUAGAUUUAUUUAACACUGAAGUUUACUAUGUGGAGGUGGUCAGGAUAUAACCAUCUUUGGGUCAUCUCUAAAUAUGGCAGAUCAAUCUGUCAAAACCAAAAGGAAGUACAUUUAAACUCCUGUGACUCCUCUCAGAACUAAUCUAAUUCACCAGGUCAGAUUAAGAUGAAAGAAAUCCACCUCAGUCCAGCUUGGAUCAAAUUUCAAAGUCAGCAACUAUGACCAAAGAUGGUUCGGUAGGGAAAAUCAAGUGCCUAAUCGUGAGACAUCAUUGGCAUGUCUUUAUCUCACUGCACUGGGGGUGUUAAUGGGGUGGGCCUCAGUCUGGGUUGGGUAUGUGCUCAGUU